AUGCCUAAACAGACUACAAAAGGUCGUUAUGAGAUAAUCAAGCAUCUUGGUGAAGGGCAGUUUGCCAACGUUUACAAAGCCAGGGAUACUGAAACAAAUGAAUUUGUGGCUAUAAAAAAGAUUAAACUUGGUUCAAGGCACGAAGCAAUGGAUGGUGUGAACCGGACAGCAUUAAGAGAAAUAAAGUUACUCCAAGAGCUGCAUCAUGAAAAUAUAAUUGGUCUUCUUGAUGUGAUAGGACACAAAACAAACAUUCAGCUUGUGUUCGACUUCAUGGAAACGGAUCUGGAACAUAUGAUAAAAGACAAAGAACUUAUUCUGAUGCCAGAACACAUUAAGAAUAUGAUACUACAAAUGUUGUUAGGACUUGAGUUUCUUCAUGUUCAAUGGAUUUUGCACAGAGAUCUCAAACCAAACAACUUACUAAUUAAUAUGCAAGGCCGGAUAAAAAUUGCUGAUUUUGGCCUUGCUAGGUUUUUUGGCUCGCCAAAUCGUUGUUACACUCAUCAAGUAGUUACCAGGUGGUAUCGUGCACCAGAAUUACUUUACGCAUCACGUUCAUAUGGUGUUGGUAUCGAUAUGUGGUCUGUUGGAUGUAUAAUCGCCGAACUUCUUUUACGGGUGCCAAUUUUUCCUGGUGAGUCAGACAUCGAUCAAUUAGUCAAAAUCUACCAUGUUUUGGGUACACCUACUCCAGAGGAAUGGCCAGGCAUGGAAGAACUUUCUGAUUAUAUUAUGUUAAAGCCUUCAGUCGGUAUCCCUCUUAAAAAUGUGUUUACUGCUGCUGGAGACGACUUAAUCGAGUUAAUUCAGCAGUGCUUUAGAUUCAAUCCAGUUCAUAGGUGGAAUGCAACACAAGCUCUACAGUCUAGUUAUUUUAAAUCAAUUCCUUAUGCUUGUGACGAUUGUGAUUUGCCGCUUCCGAGUUCGACCCGGUCAGCUUAUCUUAGACGAAAACGCCGGCAAUUACAAAUUGAUUUAGAUGAGACGCCUACCAAAUGCAGUCAUCAGAUUGAUUUUUACUAA